GGUGAAAGUUUCAUUCCAAACGCAGGAUAGAACAGAAGCCACGUGAAUACUGACUGUGGUCAUUAUUUUAUACUAGAAGAAAAAGAAGUUGAAGUUCAAGUUGUAAGUAGAGAAAAGAAAGAUACAUUACUAGGUGAAAGAGUGCUCCUGGAACUAGGUUGAGAACAUCAUCAACUACAACAUAAGUAGUUUAUUAUAAACUAAGUACUUAAAACAAAAUUCAAGACCUCAUGAGCUAGAUCUAUCCCUCCAAACAAAGUACUUCUUUAAGUAAGUAUAAUCUAAAUUCAAGAACGAGGAUUAAAAGCACAAAAUGCCGUCCGUAUUAAGCGAGAAGGAGCGCGAGCGCGCUCUCGUGAGCUGGGAAGAAGCACUCGAUCGUGGCUUGCAUAAAAUUAAAAAGUCCGCCUCAACGUUAUCGUCACAAUUGAAGCCACCGAAGUAUUUUUCGCGUGUGAUUAUGUUUUUUACUACAGGUCAGCUGCAUCAUCCUAUUAUGAUAUGUAGUCACGUCACAUGUGGGAUUAUGUUUACUAGUACAGGUCCUUGUUCGAACCUAAAGCAUCGAGAGUGCGAUAUUCAUGGCUGCCAGAGGAUGAUGAGAGCGACGUCGGACCCAGCGCUAGCGUUAUGGCAUAUCUUACUGAGAGGUACCAGAUUUUCUUAGCUAUUGUUUUGUCGUGGUCUUUUGGAAGACAUUUCGUGGUUUAGAUUCAUCCAGGACGAUGCUAGUGUGACAAACGAGUAUUAAAAAGAAGAGAUGUCGAUGACUCUCCUUGAAGCCAAACAAGCUUUUUAAGUCUCACACAACACCCCUGCAGGUAUCGCCGGGAGCGUCUCAAGUUGGCGAAGCAAAAACGGGAGCAUGGUAGUGCUGUUUCAGCUAAUGACUACGGUGGCAGUAGUGUGUCAAGUUCCAGCCUGACAUCAACUCAGUUACGAUCGGCCAUUGACAAUUUACCCGUUUUUCAGCAAGACAGUAUGGAACGAGAAGCAAGGGGCUUCCUCGACGAGCUGACUGGAGGCAAGUCGGCAACUGGAGGCGGCAGCAGCAGUAGUAGUAGUUCGAAAAAUAAGAGUACUACAAAUUGUACAGGAACAAGGGAUCCAAGAGCGGAUGCUGCAGAUAGUGUCACUUCUCCUGGAUCAGGGGAAGACAACGACAAGGACACAAAGUUUCGUGUAGGCAAAAGCGACUUGCUAGCAGUGUCAUCAAACGCACGGCGCGAUGUUUCAACACGAGGAAUGCAGGCAGUCAUCGGAACAUCUUCGUCGUCCACUUCUUGUAGUGCCAGCCGUUCGAAUGUAGAUGCAAAAUUAGAUGCUGCUUUGCAGCAAAAAGCCGAACUGCUACUGGAGGGGAAAAAGAAGGGCAGACGGCCACUUUCGUCGACGUCGAGGAAUAGGCCGUCCAGCAUGGAUCUAGUGGGACUAGCGGAUAUAGACGCUCAGUUUGCGAAUUUGCCACCGAUAAUAGGUGAUAGUCAACAUGGCGCGAAUCUUCGUAAGGACAAAGCAGCAAUAAGGGAUCUGAGAAGCAGCACCGAAAAAAAUGUAGAAGAAAAGCCAAGGAUACGGAUGCGCCUUAAACCUGAGGAAAUGCGAGAAGACGUACUGCGGUUUCCGAUUGUGCCUUGUUCCGCUUUUUGAUGAAAUUGUGAUUUUCGUAGAAAAUGUGCAAUGAAUGUUGACCACAUGAUUCAUUGAUGAGAGAGUAGUUGACUAUUUACCCAACAAACUACUAUAUGAAACUUUCACACCUCCGACUAUAAAAUUAAUCAACAGCCGGGAACGACCAAGUGCUCCCGCGCUGAAAAGGCACAGUCGCACUAUGCUGGCUCAUCAUUGCUUGCGGCCAAGAGUAAUGCUGCCGUACUCGAAGGUAGAGGCCGACGCGAGCGCCGCAAGAGCCAGGAUCUAGGUCUGAGAGGCCGAAAUCGGAGUAAUUCGAAAUUGAAUGCAGGGAGGUGUCUGAAGGAUGCGGAUUUAAAACGCGAGAUAGCUGUACAGAAUUGGAUGGGA